AUGGCUCCCUCCAGCGACGCCGGCCUCCUGAUGUCGGACGCCCCGUCCCGUUCGGCGGCGACCCCUAAACGCUCCUUCAUGCCAUCCUCCUCCGUCGGUGGCAGACCAAGAGCGCCGCCGUCCGAAAGCAUGGGCGCCCAGAGCGAAGAUGAGGCCGAGGGCUUCGCCGACGACCAGGUCCCUCGUGGAUCAAGAAUACCGGACGCUGCGAACAUUCCCCGCGUGGAGGACAGAAUUGGCCUCAUGGUUCAGGAUCAUUUUGAGACCUUUAUCGAAACAUUCGUCGAAGAACCGAAUCCUUCAGCCCCGCCGGCAUCCAGCGCUGUUACAACAGACAAGUAUUAUGUCGCCCAGAUCCACGGCAUGAGGUCAUACCAGCUUUCAACGUUCUAUGUCGACUUCAAGCACCUGACUACAUGGACUAAUGGCGAGCUGGGUGAUGGUAUCAUGCGUGGAUACUACCGCUUCCUUCCCUUUCUCACGGCUGCCCUGCACAACAUGAUUGCCAAGUACGAGCCGCAGUACUUCCGCGAACAUAGGCAACCAACAUCCUCUAGCAACCCGACCAACUCGGCCGCAAGCCAGCUUGGCUCUGCAAGCCAAACAGAUAUGGGUGAAAAGACGGCCAACCAGCAGACGGACAAGCUUUUCACCAUCGCAUUCUACAACAUGCCCUUGAUCUCGAGAGUGCGCAGUCUCAGAUCGACCAACAUUGGCCAGCUGCUCUCCAUCUCCGGCACCGUCACGCGAACGUCAGAAGUCCGCCCUGAGCUUUCACUGGGCACGUUUGUCUGCGAGGCCUGCAGGACGGUUGUUCCCAACGUUGAGCAGACUUUCAGAUACACAGAACCCACGCAAUGCCCCAAUAUGACUUGCCAGAACCGCCAGGCUUGGCAACUCGAUAUCCGUCACAGCACGUUUGUCGACUGGCAGAAGGUGCGCAUCCAAGAAAACAGCUCUGAAAUUCCCACGGGAAGCAUGCCGAGAACAAUGGACGUCAUCCUGCGUGGAGAGAUUGUGGAUCGGGCCAAGGCCGGAGAAAAGUGCAUUUUCACGGGUGCGCUCAUCGUCGUGCCAGACGUCAGCCAAAUGGGCCUGCCUGGCUUGCGGCCAAGUGCCGUUCGAGACGAUAAUCGAUCUGGUGGUGCUGAUGCUGGCGGCUCUGGUGUCACUGGUCUCAAGGCUCUCGGCGUUCGCGAUCUGACCUACCGCAUGGCCUUCCUAGCGUGUAUGGUCACUCCUGACACCUCAAAUCCAGGCCAGGCAGCGAGCGGGCAGGUUGCAGAUGUCAUCAGCUCUUUGACACAAAAUAACACGAGCGACGCCUCGGAAUCAGUUGAGGAUGUUCAAGCUGCGAUCGUCUCCACCUGGAACCACGCCGAGAUUGAAGAGCUCCGCCAGAUCGUACGCAUCGAUAACCUUCUCGAUCGCUUGGUAAACUCCAUAGCGCCAACAGUCUACGGCCAUGCCACGAUCAAGAAGGGUAUCCUGCUUCAGCUGUUGUCUGGUGUGCAUAAAACCACUGCCGAGGGUAUGGAGCUGAGAGGUGACAUCAACAUUUGCAUCGUCGGCGACCCCUCCACAUCCAAGUCUCAGUUCCUCAAAUACGUCUGCGGCUUCGCACCCCGUGCCGUCUACACCAGUGGUAAGGCUUCUUCUGCCGCUGGUCUCACUGCUGCUGUGGUCAAGGACGAGGAGACGGGAGACUUCACUAUCGAGGCUGGUGCCCUGAUGUUGGCAGACAAUGGUAUUUGCGCCAUUGACGAGUUCGACAAGAUGGAUAUUGCAGACCAAGUCGCCAUUCACGAAGCCAUGGAGCAACAGACAAUCUCUAUCGCCAAGGCUGGUAUCCAGGCCACCCUCAACGCCCGCACCUCCAUCCUCGCCGCCGCUAACCCUGUUGGCGGCCGGUACAAUCGCAAGACGACCCUUCGCGCCAACAUCAACAUGAGUGCUCCCAUCAUGUCCCGUUUCGACCUCUUCUUUGUCGUGCUUGACGAGUGUAAUGAAGCCACGGACCGACAUCUUGCCGAGCACAUUGUCGGAAUUCACCAGCUCCGCGACGAAGCCAUCGAGCCCGAGUUCAGCACUGAGACAAUCCAGCGGUACAUUCGCUUCGCUCGCGCCUUCCGUCCCGAGUUCACUCCGGAAGCCAAGGAAUUCCUUGUCGAAAAGUACAAAGAGCUCCGCGCCGACGACGCGCAGGGUGGCAUCGGCAAGAACUCAUAUCGUAUCACUGUCCGUCAACUGGAGAGUAUGAUUCGCCUGUCCGAGGCCAUCGCCAAAGGCAACUGCACAGAAGACAUUACUCCUGAAUAUGUCGGCCAGGCUUUCGACUUGCUCAGGCAAAGUAUCAUCUCUGUUGAGCACGACGACGUCGACGUCGAUGACGAGGAGGUGCCCGAGGAAGGCGCGGCGCUCCUUCGCGCGGCGUCUGAAGCGGCCGGCCAGUCGGUUGAGGACGAAAUGGCUGUCGACAGGCCAGAGGGCACGCCCGCGGUACCGGCCAGGGUCAAGCAAACGAUCACAUUCGAGAAGUACUCGAGCAUGGUCAACUUGAUUGUCGAGCACGUCAACGAAGCCGAGGCCGAGAACGGUGAGGGCGUUGAGGGCGAGGCGCUUGUCGAAUGGUACUUGGAGCAGAAGGAGAGCGAGCUCAACAGCGUCGAGGAGCACGACUCCGAGAAGGCGUUGGCGAAGAAGGUCCUCAAGAGGAUGGUCAAGGAGAACAUCCUCAUGGCUGUUCGCGGCCAAGGCCUGGCAGACGACGACGAGGCUGACGAGGGCGCUUCUGCACCGGCGGAGCCGGCACCUAUCGUUUACGUGUUGCAUCCCAACUGUGCUGUUGAGGAGUUUUGA